AGCUGUCCUGAAAAGUAUGGGGGAGGCCGUGGCGAUGAGGCAGAAGACGUCGUGUUCCCUACGUCGACGGAGCAGCCGACGAGACUCGCGAUGGCACAAGACAAGAAAACCAUCCCCAAUGGCAUCAAAUUCCUUUUCGGCGGUCUUGCGGGGAUGGGGGCGACCUGCUUCGUGCAGCCCCUGGAUCUGGUCAAGAACAGAAUGCAGGUCGCCACAAGUAAAGAGCACAAGACCAGCUACCAUGUUAUACGACACGUCAUAAAGAGUGAGGGCUUCACAGCGCUUUACUCUGGCCUCUCUGCUGGCCUUCUGCGCCAAGCCACAUACACUACCACUCGCCUUGGCAUCUACACAUGGCUCUUUGAGAAAGCUUCAGGACCCAGUGGUGAGCCACCAAACUUCUUAGUGAAGGCAGUCUUGGGCAUGACAGCAGGCGUAGCUGGUGCCUUUGUUGGCACUCCUGCAGAGGUGUCCCUCAUUCGUAUGACCUCAGACGGCAGACUACCCCUGGCUGAGAGGCGCAACUACAAGAAUGUGUUUGAUGCCCUACUGAGAAUGGCGCGAGAGGAAGGAGUGUUCACGCUGUGGAGAGGAGCUAUUCCUACCAUGGGCAGGGCCAUGGUUGUGAAUGCAGCUCAGCUAGCAUCAUACUCACAGGCUAAGCAGGCGCUUUUGGGGACAGGUUACUUCCGAGAGAACAUCUUCCUCCAUUUCUGUGCCUCCAUGAUCUCGGGUCUCGUCACAACAGCUGCUUCCAUGCCCGUCGACAUUGCCAAGACCAGAAUCCAGAACAUGAAGAUAAUUGAUGGCAAGCCAGAAUACAAGGGUGCCUUAGACGUUCUGGGCAAGGUGAUCCGCAACGAGGGCUUCUUCUCACUCUGGAAAGGUUUCACACCGUACUACAUGCGUUUAGGACCCCACACCGUCCUCACUUUCAUCUUCCUUGAGCAGAUGAACCUCGUCUACAAGAAGCAUGUAUUAGGGGAUUCCGCAGCCAAGGGAGGAGGCCUUUAAAGGAGCCCACUGAUGGUGUAGUUGCAGUGUAGUGGAUUGUCGUCAUGUAGAUAUGUUUUGUUGUUUUCCAUCAUUAACCUUUUUUUAUGAAUUUAUUUAUUGUGUAGGUAUCUGAAAUUUUGUAGGUGAGACAUUACAAUGUGAUUUUAAUAUUAUUAUCAUUUAGUUAUGACAGAAUCUGUUUUAUCAUUAUUAAAAUUCUGCAAUCUACUCCAAUUGUGUGGAGGUACUUAUAAGGGGCCAUUAUUUAUUGCCCUCCCCACUCCUUGAGAGGAGUAAAGGAAAAGUAAAAUGCCUUUUAAAGCUUGUAGGAAUGGAUGUAGGAAAAGUAGGAAUAUUCCUUGUUCAGAAAAAAUCAACAUUUUCACUUAUUUCAGUAGUUAACACAAACUCAAGAUUGCGUGUUGCAUAAGCAUAGGAAGCAACACGACAUGGGCUGUGUCCUAUGUUGCCAGUAUCUAACAAGAGUAUAUUUAUAAGUUUUGUUUGGAUGCUGUGUGGGUUUAACUAAGAUGAGUAAGUCUAGAGUCCAGAAUCGAGAGAGACGACCCAUCCGACGUCCUUUCCAACAAACAAAAUGUCUAGAUCAGUUUGUCAGAUUUGCAGAGGAUAAGAUUGGGAGCAGGUCAGAACAGGAGGAUGCACUUGAUGGGGAAUGUGAGCUCUUUCUUCUCCUAACAGUUGAGAAUCCUUUAUAUGUUCUGGGAUCUGACAUGGGAGAGGACUAGUGUUCAUUUUCCCCUGUGAUUAGAAGUUAUAUUGGAAUGAUGCAAUACAAAACAAUACUUAAUUUUAGGAGUAGAUGGAGUGCAAGUUAGGUAAUAAUAUAGAUGUGAUGUGGUCAGACGUAUUAUAAAAAAGUAUUGACUUGUGAAUAGUUAAUGUAAAUGUUUAAAUCUAUUUAAAUCUAGAGAAAAUUUAUAGUAAGAGUAUAUUGGCCACUUCCUAGCCAUGAUGUAACAGGAAGAAAAAUGAGUGUUGGGACUUUGACAAUUUGUUGUGAAUUUCAUAAUUUGCGGAAGAAUGGGGACAUUUACAUGGAAAUUAAGUACAUAUAAUUAUCAUAAUUGCUACUUUCUUUGCAAAUAUUUCUGUUAUUUCAGAAAGCUAGUAGAGGCAUGUGAUAAUUUAUGCAUGCUUGAUAAAAAAGAUGAUAAUGUUCACCCAAAAAUAUUGGGAAAGACAGUGUGUCGGUUGGUGGUGGUCAAUCUGACUUGAAAUAUGUGUCCAGAGAUGAGAUUGAUUGAUGCUGUGAUGUGCAAAAGAGGUCUGGAGAUCCUCACAUAAAAAGACCCAUAGGACAUUUCCCGGAGGCCCAUGAUUCAAACUUUAUUAUGGCUGUCGUUGUAUUCUCCUGAGAUGUACCUGGUGAUAAUCUUUAAAGAUUUAUCAUGGUUCCUUGAUCCCCUAAAAUCCCCUUUUGUGACUUCAUCAGUUGUACCAUUAUUGUUAUUUUGUAUAAUGUUAAUCUGUUAAGGUCUUCAGAUUUCCAGCUGUGUGACUUGAUUGUAAAUUAAGUCAGUGGGGAAUUUGUCUAAAACUCCAGAGGAUUUUGUUUCAUAGCUAUGAUGCUAUUGAUAUUUUUUGUUUGUAUAUGAACUACUUGUCUUCCCUAUCAGUCUCUGAUAUAAAAGGAAGCUGCCACAUGUAAGGUAAUGAUAAAACAGCAGUUGUUAACCACAGGACAGUGGUUUCUGAAAGCACUGGGACAAGCUGAACAAGGAAGCUGUGGCAUUAUAUUUUUGUAAUGGUGCAACGCUUACUGGGACAUUGACUGAAAAACCUCUUUUAAUGUGUAAACGUACUGCGGAAGGACAUCAUCAUCAUAUGCCAUUCAUCGUAACAUCCACCGCACAAUAGGACCAAUGAGAGUGCUUACUUACAAGUCAUUUUAAUGUCUUUGCCAAAGUACAUAUCAAAAUAUUUUUGGGAUGGUACUAAUGUGGCUGUCUUUGUACACUCCAUUUCCAUAUCAACUAUGAAAAAGCUGUAAUAUACAUUCAUAUUACUUGAUCAGUUACACAGUUUUGCAUUCAAACAAAAUUCAUUUAAGCUGCAAUUUAGUUGUGAUACCUCAUACUUGCAUUUAUGUACAUCAAGCACAAAGAAGAAAAGUUAUCUACUGUUAAUAGUGUGUGAUGACAGCCACUGGUACUGCUUUGGUUGUUUGUAUUGUCAUCUCAAUCAGUUUAUUGACAUAUUAAACGUUUUUAUUGGUCCUUGUACAGAUGCACUCUGAAAUACUUAUUUUUCUCACAUUUAUUUUUACUUUUAAUUCUUUAUUGUACAGAAAUUUAAAAUAAUUUAAAGUCAAUGACUUGACUGUAAAUAAAGACAGCAAAAAAGAAUCGUUAUAAAUGUUGAUAUUAACAAAAUAAAACUUGAGAAUA